CCAUCCAAAUAGAAGUUCCUCAGUGCGUAAUAACAGAAGCAACAAUCUAACACAAUUAAGUUUUACCAGCAGCAGCAACAACAAAAUUAACAACAACAACAGCAGUAGUAACAACAAACGUAACAAAAACUCAUUGUCUAUGCAACCAUUACGUUUUUCGUUACGCCGCAAUGGUCGUUCCGAUGAUAGAGUUGGACGUGAUGUUGGCAUAGCCACGCUUACUGGCAACAGUAAUAUGGGAAAUUGUUCUCCAGCUGGAUUAACGGAUGGUCAUCAUUCGGGAUAUCAGCAUCAACAUCAACAUCAUCAUCAUUUGCACUAUAGUACGACCUGUGAACAAAGUACUCAAACACCAAAUUCGAUUAGUCGCGAAACGCGUAGAAACCGCAAAUUAAAAGUGUUAAGAUUUAAUUUUAAUAAAGUGGCAACGCCAACAUUGAAUUUGCGUUUCCUGAAUAAUCGCAAUAAACGCAAUAACCUUUCCGCCAACGCUGUUGCCACCGAACAAAAGGCAACCAAAGUAUUGGGUUUAGUCUUCUUUACAUUCGUUCUGUGCUGGUCACCGUUUUUUAUACUCAACAUUAUAUUCGCCGCCUGUCCGGAAUGCGAAGUACCAGAACAUGUUGUUAAUACUUGCCUGUGGUUGGGUUAUGUUUCCUCCACCAUAAAUCCAAUCAUUUAUACAAUAUUUAAUCGGACAUUUCGUGCUGCAUUCAUACGUUUGCUCAAGUGUAAUUGCGAAAG